UUACAUUAUUAUUUUUCAAUUGAUACUCAAGUACUUAUUUAAUUACAGCACAUAUUAAACAAUGGCAGUCAGUGCUGCUGUCAUCGCUGCGCCCAUAGCCUCAGGCCUAAUUUUUCUGUCUAUUCUGACCUCUGACAUCUACCCUCCACCAACCGAGCCACCAGCUACUCUUCAGACAAUAUACGUGCAAGAGACCCACGCGCCUCCAUUGGGAUUGAGUCCCGGCUAUGCUGCGCCAACGGGAAACGCGGGGCACGUGUUCAGUGGGGUCACGCCUUUUGAUUUUAACCGCGCUAACCGGAUUAACCGUGCAGGCACAAGAACAUGGGUCCGGCAGAGUGGAGAUGGAGGCGAAGGCGGCGGUGACGGAGGGGGUGGAGGAGGAGGCGACGGUGGGUGCUGAAUGUUAAAAUUUCCUUCAAUCUUUUCUGGUAUUUUUAUUUGGUGUAUAUGGCACAUGUGAUCACUGUGCCUUGAUUUUCUUUAAUUUUAAUUUACAAACAAA